AUGACUCGAACAGUUCCGACCCUACAAUCCCAUGUCGAUUUUCGGCAGUCAAUCAAAGGACAAACAGCCAGGCUGCCCAACUUCUACGCUCUUUUCCCUGAGUGGAAACCUCGACUUCAUCCUGAAUAUGACCGUGCUCGUGACGAAGUGCUUAAUCCGUGGAUUGAACGCUGGGUCCCUGAUGCAGACACAAGCCGCAAAUUCCAAAAAGCGGAUUUUGGCCGUUUCGCUGCCAUCAUGUUUGCGGAUGCGUCUUUUGAGAAGAUGUGCACUGUAGCCAAGGCGUUUACAUGGUACUUUAUCUGGGAUGAUUUAUUUGACUGUGGUAGCCUGACGCAUGAGAAAAUGGCUAUCCCAGAAUACCGGGACAAGUCUAUGCAAUACUUCCAUGCAGUUCUUUCCAGCAAAAAGGAUCCACCGGACCUAUCAGGGUGCUCAGACGAGCUGCAAAAGGCACUGUUAUGCUGGGAUGAGGUGGCGGCCCACAUUCGAGAGGUUCUACUGGAGAGUAAGCUGUUUUACGUAUCUAGCGUUGACACUGUGGAUACGAUCUGCGCUGAAGACUGUGUACCCACCGUGGCGCAAUACUGGAUGCGUCGAGAACGCACCGCCGGAGUGUACCCCGUCAUAGCUACUAUUCCGUUCAUUUAUGGGGUCGACGUCAGCAAGCAAGAGCUUGCCGGUGAGCUGAUGGGACUGCUGUGGAGACAUACCUCUUAUUUGGUACACAUGAUCAAUGACAUGUUCUCCCUCAGAAAGGAAAUUGGUGACAAUCAGAUCGAGAACCUAGUUCCGAUCCUGAUGCUCAAUCACAACAUCGACUGCAGCACCGCAGUGGAGCGCUCGAGCUUGCUUGUCCAGCAGGCGGCCUGCGCCUUUCACGAGGUGGAGAAACGUCUACGCGGACUGUCUCUGGAGUCACCCAAUCCUGUUACCGAAAUGUUCCUGCAAGGGUGCAAGGAUGUUGUUAUGGGAUUGACUCAUUGGAGUUACACUGGACAACGGUACUUCAAGCAAUCAGAAAUCGGUGUCGACCACGUGAUUGAGGUUCAACUCUGA